CAGAGGGAAGGGAGGGAGAGCGUCAAAAGCGUCAACUCAUUUAUAAUUUUUCUUCCCCCAUUUCUGCCGUAGCAACUAUAAAACCCUUGACUCCCUCUCUUUCUCCUCGAAAGUUGUGAGGGAAAAUGGAUUGGAGCCAUCUUCAAAUGCAGGAAUGCCCUAGCUUCAACAGUUACUCGUCCGGUAGGCUUGCCGACGUGGCGGCCAAGGUGGGCGAAGAGGAGUGUGCGAGUGACGAUCGGAGAGUUGAUGAGGAUAAUUUCGAGUUCACUUUCGUUUCGACGGGUGAGGUGUUGCGUGAAACUCAGAUCGGGCCGGUUUUCCCGGUUUUCAACCGCGACCUUUUGGUGGAGGAUGGUGAGGCGAAGACUCUGAGGUUUCCGCUGAAGAAAUUGUUCAUGGAGGAGCGGGAUGGUAUGUCUUCCUCGUCGUCGGACGCGGACGAGUUGGAGGGAAUUCCGGAGGGAACGUACUGUGUCUGGCAGCCGAAGAAGGUGCCGGAGACGCCGGGAAGGUGUAAGAAGAGCAGUUCGACUGGAUCGGCGUCGAAGCGGUGGAGGUUCCGAGAUUUACUCCGGCGAAGUAACAGCGAGGGUAAGGAUUCCUUCGUGUUCCUCACUCCUUCCAAAAGAGAAGAGAAGGCGGAAAUAACUGACAAAUCUGAUCACUCGAAGGAAACGAGGAACUCCGUCCACGCGAAGACCAACGUCGCCGGAAAAGCAAAGCCUAAGGUAAUCUCCGGCGAAAAAGCGUCACCUCACGAAAUAUUCUACAUGAAGAAUCGAGCCAUGAAGGAAGGAGAUAAGAGACAGUCAUUUCUGCCGUACAGGCGAGAUCUAGUAGGCUUUUUCGCUAAUGUGAGCCGGAUGAACAAGAGCUUUCCACUCUAAGCUCUAAUUUUUCAAUAUAUUUUUUUUUUAAUUUUAAUUUUUUUACUUUUUCAAAGUAUAGCGAUGUGAAUACCUCUUAAUUUCUUUGUUUGUUUUUAAUAACUUUGAGAUUUAAUAUCGACUUAAAAGGUGUGAAAUCAUUGAAAGUAUUACGGAAUAUUUAUUUAUGUAUUUGGUUUUUUUUUGGACCCAAAUA